AACCAUUAUAUGAUUAACACAUAAAGCCCAGCAAGCCCCCCAACCCACUUACCCACGUCCAAUUCGCUGUCAACUGCCCAGUGCCCAUGCGCACGCGGCCACACAGCCCACACCCCCCGGCCCAGAUUCUCAGCACAGGCCACCGGCAGCACACAGCACCCUCGUGACCGCGUCUCACUCUUCUGAAUCUUUUGAUUCUUCUCUCAUUCCCUGCGUUCUCACUUCCCAGUUCCCGUUCACUUUCGUUUAUGUUUCAUACUUUCAUUUUUCGUCGCCGUCGUCGAUUGCUGCCCAUCGCUUGCUCGCGGAGCCUUGUGAGUCUGUGACAACCCUCGCCUCGCAGUGUUGCCGUACCUUCGCCAGUUCGCUGUUCGCCGAUCGCUUUCUCGCUCGAGUCGCUCGUCGUUACAGUGGUUUCACUUUCGUUGUCGUCGUCGACGACUGCCGCCCAUCACUCGCUCGCUGCUUCAGCUUCACGAACCAUGAAACCAGGUUUGAGGAACUCCAUUGCUUGUAACCAUCUCCAAACCCCCUCGCUGUCACUCCAACUGCAAAAGAUUUGCCCUUCGCGUGCCCUUCACCUCCACUAGGAGGAUUAUUCAGACUUGGUACUACAGAGUUUUGGUCUGCCUCUAUGUAGUUUGAAGCACAUAUCCUCUUUCAAACCAUUUUCAUCUAUUGGCACACCAUUUCCACCCAACAACAUAAUUAUGAAACUCAUUGCGCUUCUCAGAACCAUUCGGGCUCUUCCUACUCUUCCCCGAAUAACUGGGCCUGUGCAAUCUCGCUCAUUCCAACAUGAUUUUGUUCCAAGAGAUCCCAAGGCCAAACCCAAAAGAUACAAGCUUCCCCCUUUCUAUGAUCCAUAUGGGCCAAAACCCCCACCAUCUGAAAAAAUCGUUCAGCUUGCUGAGCGCAUUGCUGCCCUUCUUCCGGAAGAGCGAUUACAAAUUGGCCCCAUGCUCAGCAACAAGCUUAGGCAUCCAAAGAUGCAGCAGAUCUCCACAGAAGGUAUGGAUAUGGGUGCGCAGGGAGGGGCAGCUGCUGGGACAAAGGUAGAGGAAAAGAAGGCAGAGAAAACGGCAUUUGAUGUGAAGUUGGAGAAGUUUGAUGCAUCGGCAAAAAUCAAGGUGAUCAAAGAAGUCAGGGCUUUUACAAACUUGGGAUUGAAGGAGGCAAAAGAACUGGUUGAAAAGGUUCCUGUGUUGGUGAAACAAGGUAUCACCAAGGAGGAAGCUAAUGACGUAAUAGAGAAGAUUAAGGCUGCUGGUGGAAUUGCAGUAAUGGAGUAAAAUCUUUUCUUUUUUGGGUGAGUGUUCUGUUUAACAGGAUUGUCAUUGUAAGAAUUAUGGGUUUCCUAGCUAUAAAAUGGAUUUUAUGAGGGGCCAAUAGCCAUUAUCAUCACUCAAUAAAUGAAUAAUUAGGUCGGGAUUUUAUUUUUGCAA